CUUAUUGUCCACUUGGCAUAUGCUUCUGGAAUAAUAUUCACCAUGGUUUUGGAUGACCUUCCAAACUUAGAACGCAUCUAUACUUCCUUGUGUUCAUCCGUAGCAGAAGACUCAGAGAUGGAUCUUGACUCUGGACUAGAAGAUGACGACACAAAAAGCGAUAGUAUUUUGGAAGAGUCCACUAUCUUUGUGGCCUUCGAGGGAAAUAUAGAUGAUAAAGACUUCAAAUGGAAAUUGGACACAAUAUUGGAGAAUGUGCCCAAUUUGUUACAAAUGGAAUCCAACAAGCUAAAGGUGCAGAAGGUGGAGCCCUGGAACAGUGUACGUGUGACAUUUAACAUCCCCCGGGAAGCAGCAGAGCGGCUAAGGAUCCUGGCUCAGAGCAACAACCAGCAGCUUCGGGAUCUGGGGAUUCUCUCCGUUCAGAUUGAAGGAGAAGGUGCUAUCAACCUGGCCUUGGCACAGAACCGAAACCAAGAUGUGAGAAUGAAUGGACCUAUGGGCUCUGGAAAUUCAGUUAGGAUGGAAGCAGGAUUUCCCAUGGCAGGUGGUCCAGGACUAAUAAGGAUGACCAACCCUGCUACUCUUAUGAUACCCCAAGGUGGAAAUGUGUCAUCUUCCAUGAUGGCACCAGGUCCCAAUCCAGAGCUGCAGCCCAGGACUCCUCGCCCUGCUUCUCAAUCAGAUGCAAUGGAUCCACUCCUCUCCGGCCUGCAUGUACAACAACAAAGUCAUCCCUCAGGAUCCUUAGCUCCUCCACACCACCCAAUGCAGUCUGUUCCUGUAAACAGACAGAUGAACCCUGCUAAUUUUCCUCAACUGCAGCAGCAGCAACAGCAGCAGCAACAACAGCAGCAGCCGCAGCAGCAGCAACAGUUGCAGGCAAGACCGCCACAGCAACAUCAGCAGCAGCAGCCACAGGGAAUUCGACCCCCAUUUACUGCCCCAACUCAGGUGCCUGUUCCUCCAGGCUGGAACCAGCUGCCUUCUGGAGCCCUUCAGCCUCCUCCAGCCCAGGGUUCUCUAGGAACAAUGACUGCAAACCAAGGAUGGAAGAAGGCUCCUCUGCCUGGCCCAAUGCAACAGCAGCUGCAGGCCAGACCAUCCUUAGCCACGUUACAGACACCUUCCCAUCCUCCCCCUCCAUAUCCCUUUGGCAGCCAACAAGCCUCACAAGCCCAUACAAACUUUCCUCAGAUGAGCACCCCAGGCCAAUUCACAGCUCCUCAAAUGAAGAGCUUGCAGGGAGGGCCCUCCAGGGUCCCGACUCCCCUGCAGCAGCCCCACCUCACCAAUAAGUCUCCUGCUUCCUCACCCUCCUCCUUUCAGCAGGCAUCUCCUGCAUCUUCCCCAACGGUUAACCAAACUCAGCAGCAGAUGGGACCAAGGCCACCUCAAAACAACCCACUUCCCCAGGGAUUUCAGCAGCCUGUCAGUUCUCCAAGUCGGAAUCCUAUGGUUCAACAGGGAAACGUGCCACCUAACUUCAUGGUGAUGCAGCAGCAACCACCAAACCAGGGACCCCAAAGUUUACAUCCAGGCCUAGGAGGAAUGCCUAAACGCCUCCCACCUGGCUUCUCAGCAGGACAGGCCAAUCCGAACUUUAUGCAAGGUCAGGUGCCUUCGACCACAGCAACCACCCCUGGAAAUUCAGGAGCCCCUCAGCUGCAAACAAAUCAAAAUGUCCAGCAUGCAGGUGGUCAAGGAUCCGGUCCUCCUCAAAACCAGAUGCAGGUGUCCCACGGGCCACCAAAUAUGAUUCAACCCAGCCUCAUGGGAAUUCAUGGCAACAUGAACAACCAGCAGGCUGGUAGUUCUGGGGUUCCUCAGGUGAACCUGGGCAGCAUGCAAGGCCAGCCCCAACAGGGCCCACCAUCUCAGCUGAUGGGCAUGCACCAGCAGAUUGUGCCCUCCCAGGGCCAGAUGGUCCAGCCACAAGGAACUUUGAACCCUCAGAAUCCUAUGAUCAUCUCGAGGGCCCAGCUUAUGCCACAGGGACAGAUGAUGGUGAACCCUCAGAGCCAAAAUCUUGGGCCCUCGCCACAAAGGAUGACCCCACCUAAGCAGAUGCUUCCCCAGCAGAGCCCACAAAUGAUGGCGCCACAUAACCAGAUCAUGGGGCCACAGGGGCAGGUUUUGCUACAACAGAACCCAAUGAUAGAGCAGAUCAUGACCAAUCAGAUGCAGGGGAAUAAGCAGCAGUUUAACACUCAGAACCAAUCUAAUGUCAUGCCGGGACCAGCACAGAUAAUGAGGGGACCAACUCCAAACAUGCAAGGAAACAUGGUGCAGUUUACGGGACAGAUGUCAGGACAAAUGCUGCCCCAGCAAGGGCCUGUGAACAGUAGCCCAUCUCAGGUUAUGGGGAUUCAGGGGCAGGUCCUACGGACACCAGGGCCCAGCCCACACAUGGCCCAGCCGCAUGGUGAUCCAGCAACCACAGCAAAUAAUGACGUCAGCUUGUCUCAGAUGAUACCUGACGUUAGCAUGCAACAAAGCAACAUGGUCCCCCCCCAUGUACAGGCCAUGCAGGGAAACAGUGCCUCGGGAAACCAUUUCUCAGGCCAUGGAAUGCCUUUCAAUGCACCUUUCAGUGGAGCACCCAAUGGAAAUCAGAUGCCCUGUGGUCAGAAUCCAGGCUUCCCGGUCAAUAAGGAUGUCACGCUAACAAGCCCAUUGUUGGUCAACUUAUUGCAAAGUGACAUCUCUGCAGGACAUUUUGGGGUAAAUAACAAGCAGAAUAAUGCCAACGUAAAUAAACCGAAGAAGAAGAAACCCCCUCGGAAGAAGAAAAAUAGUCAGCAAGAUCUAAACCCUGCAGAUACUCGCCCAGCUGGUCUGGAAGAGGCCGAUCAACCACCAUUGCCUGGAGAACAAGGAAUUAACUUGGACAACUCAGGCCCUAAGCUGCCAGAAUUUUCAAACCGGCCACCAGGUUAUCCUUCUCAACCAGUUGAACAGAGGCCACUUCAGCAGAUGCCUCCUCAACUCAUGCAGCAUGUGGCACCCCCACCACAGCCACCACAGCAGCAGCCACAGCCACAGCCACAACUGCCUCAGCAGCAACAGCAGCAGCCACCACCUCCUCCCAGCCAGCCACAGUCGCAGCAGCAGCAGCAGCAGCAGCAGCAGCAGCAACAAAUGAUGAUGAUGCUAAUGAUGCAGCAGGAUCCCAAAGCAGUUAGACUUCCAGUCUCCCAAAAUGUCCACCCUCCACGAGGCCCUCUGAACCCAGACUCCCAGAGGAUGCCCAUGCAACAGAGUGGAAAUGUACCUGUCAUGGUCAGCUUGCAAGGUCCUGCCUCUGUGCCACCAUCACCUGAUAAACAAAGAAUGCCAAUGCCUGUGAAUACUCCUUUGGGAAGCAAUUCAAGGAAAAUGGUAUACCAGGAGACCCCACAAAAUCCUUCCAGCUCACCACUUGGAGAGGUGCCCUCGCUAUCCGAAGCAAGUACCAAUGAAGUACCAUCUGUCUCAGGAGGCCCAAAUAACAUGCCUUCACAUUUAGUAGUUUCCCAGAAUCAAUUAAUGAUGGCAGGGCCAAAACCUGGACCAUCACCCCUUUCAGCAACUCAAGGUGCAACUCCCCAGCAACCUCCUGUAAAUUCCCUGCCCAGCUCUCAUGGCCACCACUUUCCAAAUGUUGCUGCUCCAACACAAACAUCUAGACCUAAAACACCAAACAGAGCCAGCCCCAGACCCUAUUACCCUCAGACUCCCAACAACCGCCCUCCCAGCACAGAGCCUUCUGAAAUCAGUCUGUCACCAGAAAGACUCAAUGCCUCCAUAGCAGGACUCUUUCCCCCACAAAUUAAUAUUCCUUUACCCCCUAGGCCAAAUUUAAACAGGGGCUUUGAUCAACAGGGCCUAAACCCAACAACUUUGAAGGCCAUUGGGCAGGCACCUUCAAAUCUUGCCAUGAAUAAUCCUUCCAAUUUUACUGCCCCGCAAACUCACAAGUUAGAUUCUGUGGUGAUGAAUUCUGGAAAGCAGUCUAACUCUGGAGGAACAAAACGGGCAAGUCCGAGCAACAGUCGUAGGUCUAGUCCUGGUUCCAGUAGGAAAACCACCCCAAGUCCUGGCAGGCAAAAUUCAAAAACCCCCAAACUGACUCUGACCUCUCAAACGAAUGCAGCCCUUUUGCAGAAUGUGGAGUUGUCAAGGAAUAUGCUGGUCAGUCCCCCUCCUUUGGCCAACCCCCCUGUGCCUGGGAGCUUUCCUAGCAAUAGCGGGCUGACUCCUCAGAAUCCCAUCAUGCCUGUGGCUGCAGUUGGGGCUGUUCUUGAGGAUAAGAAGGAGAGCUUGACGAUGCUUCAAGACAGUGAUUGCCAGAAUUCCCAGGGUAGGAAGGAACAGGUACAUACUGAGCUAAAAGCAGUCCCUACCCAAGAAGUUAAAAUGGUUGUCCCUGAAGAUCAAUCUAAAAAGGAUGGGCAACCUUCGGAUCCUAACAAGCUUCCCAGUGUCGAAGAGAACAAAAAUUUGGUGUCUCCUGCUAUGAGGGAAGCACCAACGUCAUUAAGUCAACUUCUUGACAACUCUGGAGCUCCUAAUGUGACCAUUAAGCCUCCCGGGGUUACAGAUCUGGAAGUAACACAUCCAGGAGUUUCUGGGGAAGACCUCAAAAAAGUACCUGCCAUUCCCACACUGCAGGAUCCAUCUUCUAAAGAACCCUCUAAUUCCCUAAAUUUACCUCAUAGUAAUGAGCCGUGUUCAACCCAGGUGCAUCCAGAACUGAGUGAAAUCAGUUCUAAUGUUGCACCAAGCAUCCCUCCAGUAAUGUCAAGGCCUGUCAGCUCUUCCUCCAUCUCCACUCCCUUGCCCCCAAACCAGAUAACUGUUUUUGUCACUUCCAAUCCCAUCACAACUUCAGCUAACACAUCAGCAGCUCUGCCAACUCACCUGCAGUCUGCAAUAAUGUCAACAGUUGUCACAAUGCCCAAUGUGGGUAGCAAAGUUAUGGUAUCUGAGGGACAGUCAGCUUCUCAGUCUAAUGCCCGGCCUCAGUUCAUUACACCUGUCUUUAUCAAUUCAUCCUCAAUAAUUCAGGUUAUGAAAGGAUCACAGCCAAGCACAAUUCCUGCAGCUCCACUAACACCCAACUCUGGUUUGAUGCCACCCUCUGUUGCAGUUGUUGGCCCUUUACACAUACCUCAGAACAUUAAGUUUUCUUCUGCUCCUGUACCACCUAAUGUUCCCUCCAGUAGCCCUGCUGCUAACAUACAGACAGGUCGACCCUUGGUUCUUAACUCACGAGCCACCCCUGUUCAGCUUCCUUCUCCUCCCUGUACAACUUCCCCAGUUGCCCCUCCUCAUCUCCCUGUCCAGCAAGUGAAAGAAUUGAAUCCAGAUGAGGCUAGUCCUCAGAUGACUUCAACAGAUCAGAACACUCUGCCCGCUUCCCAAUCAACCACAAUGGUUUCUCCCCUUUUGACCAAUAGUCCAGGUUCCUCUGGCAACCGGCGAAGCCCAGUCUCAUCUAGUAAGGGCAAAGGAAAGGUGGACAAAAUUGGCCAAAUUUUACUGACCAAGGCAUGUAAGAAAGUCACAGGCUCUCUUGAGAAAGGCGAUGAGCAAUAUGGUACAGAUGGAGAGACUGAAGGCCAAGGGCUAGAGCCCACCGCCCCAGGGCUCAUGGGAACAGAGCAGUUACCCACAGAGCUGGAUAGUAAAACCCCAACACCCCCAGCACCCACUCUGCUAAAAAUGACUUCUAGCCCUGUAGGCACGGGCUCAGCCUCAACAGGACCCAGCUUACCGAGUGGUGCUCUCCCCACCAAUGUACGUUCAAUAGUUACCACUCUGGUACCUUCUGAGCUCAUCUCCACGGCGCCGACCACAAAAAACAAUCAUGGUGGCCUAGCAUCUGAGCCACUUGCCGGUGGCCUAGUGGAGGAGAAGGUGGGAUCCCAUCCAGAGCUUCUAACCAGCAUAGCCUCUUCACAGAGUUUAAUCCCAAAGGAAACUCCAGCCACAGCGCUGCAGGGGUCAGUUGCUAGAUCAGAACUUGAGGCAAAUGCUGCCAUAGUCUCUGGGCAAAGUCUGUUUUUCCUGCUAAACUAGGGAGCUAUCAUGAGUCCUAACUCUCUGGAGGUAAGAUUUUUCUUUACUAAAACCUGGUGGAUAAAUUUCUACCUUUCAUAGUUGUGGAAAACUGAGUGAGAUAACAUGUUCGACCCUCACCAUAGUGAGUAAAUAAUAAGUACUUAGUAAAUGGACUUAUUAUCGAUGUCAUUAAUAAUGGUCCUUGUAACUACCUUCUAAAAUGUAGCUGUUUCACUCCCAUUUUACACAUGAGCUCAGGUGAAAGAGAAAGCCAGGCAAGGUCUCACCCCAAACCUAUGUUCUUCUGUUACUCUGUAUUGCCUCACAUACCCUAACAAAAUGAAAUCCAUGGAGAAGAGUAGCAUCAUUUUCUAAAAGUCAUUCCUUUUUUAAUGUAGAAAUGCACUAGGUAACAUUUGAAAAAAAAUUUCAUAGUUGUGUAUCAGCUUAGGAGUUCCUGGGUAGUACAAACAGUGCAGUGCUCACUGCUCACUGAAACAGCGAUUCAAACACACCCAGAGGCAUCUGGCAACACAGGCCUGGCUAUCUGCUUGCAAAGGUCUUGAAAACUAAGGACCAGUUCCACUCUACAUAGGGAAUCACCAUGAGUUGGAAUCGACACAGUGGCAAUAGGAACUACAAUGUCAACUUAGUUUCAACAACCUUUACAAUCAUUUUUGCUUGUUUGUUUAAUCAUUAACUCUGUGAGGUACUAAUAACUGCCAACCUUUAUUGGAGGGUUAUUGUGUGCCACCCAGUGAGCUUUGAGUUCCCUGGUAUAUUAUUUCUUUAGUGUUCACCCAGUCUAUAAGGAAAUUAAAUUCUGUGUUACAAGUGAGGAAUCUAAGGUUUAGUAAAUGCUCAAGAUGGAAUUUAAGCACACACCUUCUGACUCCAGAGCCCUAACUUCUUAACCUCUAUAUUAUAGCAGAGAAGAUGGGGAUUUGUAGGUCAAGAGGUUGAACCUUUAGUGAGAGUUAAAUAUCUUGGGCAAUUAAUGCAUGGCAAGACUUGACCCCUUCUUAUUCUGACUCCAAACUGAUGGUUCUUUCUACACCGCUGUACCUGUUUGGUUUGGUUUGUAGAGUACCAAUACUUUAAUUCAUUUACAUUUCUCAAGCAUAUGCCAACUAUGUGGCUAAAGAAAGCAGCUAACUGGCCCAGAAAUCCUGUUUGUGUAUUUGUUCCCAUAGCUGCCUACACACUGGCCAUACACCAGAAGGAGAUUAUUUUAUUAGGAGAAAGAGGCAUCUUCCUUCUUCAGAGACUUUGACAAUUUUCUGGGCUCCCAGCCAGAAAGAUAUCCUUACCACAUCUAAGAAGAGGAGUAAACCUCCUUGACUCGCAAUUCCAUCCUAGCUCCAGCUUCGUAUACAUAUGUGUGAGUCAAAUGUUAUCCUUAAAGCAAGGGUCAAAGUGAACAGAGUGGCCAAGUUUCCAGCCAUAAUGGAAGGGGCCUUCCAGUAAGAAUGAAUGGUGGAUCCCUCCAGUUUCUCAUAUUGAUCUAGGUAACUAACUAAUAAUAAAUAAGUAAAUACAUAAAUAAAUAAAUCUGAAAUGGAUUUGAAGUCUUUAGUGACAAAUCCAUUUCAAAUACACACAAACAUGAAUGGUAGAGGAAUUUACCAUUUGAUGGUAGAAUCAGUCAAGUUGUUUAAUCAUAUAAUGGAUUUGAUUUUUUAAAAAGAACUCUAGUUGGGGAGUGAGGUCAUGAAAGACUAAUAAGAAGAAGCAACUCUUUGGGCAAAAUUUCCCCCUUCCUAUUAUUUUGGUUCCUUGCAAACAAAUUUAGUCAGCUUCUUUUUUUUCCUUCCCAGGGGUUUUUUUGAUCAUGAAAGUUGUAAGAAAUUUAUUAAAGAAAACUUGAAAUUCACAGAAGCACAAAGAGGAAAAUAGGUUAACAGUAAACCAUACUCUUAUGCCGAGCCAGUAUACAUUGUGUAUGUUUUAGUUCAUCUUCUAGUCCUCUUCUCAAAAUAUGUGUUUAUGAUGUAGAUACAAUAUCGCGUUUAUAUUCAAGGUGUCUUCAAAAAGUUCAUGGAAGAAAGAUAGAUUUUGUGUCUGUGGCCUUUAGGAAGCUACCUCAUUAUUGAAGCUCCCGCUUACAUAUUUCAUAUCUCAUACGUUCAUAUAUGGUUAUAUAUACAUUUGGUAUAUUAUGACAUUAUUGUGAAAAUAGGAUUAGACUGUUUAUGCCAUUUGCAAAUUCUUUUUCCAUUUAAUAAUGUAUCAUGAACAGUGUUAUUACGUGAUUUUUCAUGACCGCAUAUGGAGUGCCAUGAUUUAGUUAAUCCAUUAUCAUUAGGCAUUUAGGUGUUCUAUUUUCACUAGUAUAAAUAAAAUGCUUUCCUCUUCUUGAAAUUAUAUUUCUGUAAAAAUAUUUCCUGAAGCACAUUGAAAUUUUUGAGUCAGAGGGUUUAUACCAGAAUUUCUCAGUCUCAGCAUUAUUCUCACUUGGGCCAGAAAAUUCCGUGUUGUAAGGGCUUUCUUAUACAUUAGGAUAUUUGGUGGCAUGCCUACUAGAUGCCAGUAGUACCUCCCUCCACCCCUAAUCAUGUAACAAAGUAUCUUCAAACAUUGCUAAAUGCCCCAAGGGGACAUAACUGUGGUCCCAGUUGAGGACCACUAGAUUACACUAUUUAUGUUCUAUUAGCAUUGUAUGAAAAUGUUUCUAUGCCCUCAGUUCGUAACUGAGGGUUAAUAACAUGGAAUAUUAACCAUUUUAAAUCUUUACAUACUAAAAUCGGUAGGACCAAGCAAACAAAAACUGUUCACUGCCAUGGGAGUCAGUUCCCCACUCGUGGUGACCUAUAGGACAGGGUAGGACUGCCCUAUGGGUUUCCGAGACAA